CUUCUCCAGGAGUCUUCCAGGAAGGGUCAGCUCUAGACCCGUCCUCCAGUUAUCCUGCAGACACUCUCCAGUUCGGUUCGGUUCAGUGAGGCUGCAAGUGCUAACAGGAUUCCUUCCUCAUCCUUAUCCUUCAGGAUACGUUGAGUUCGCUUGUGCCUUCAGUAGUGCUUCAAUCUAAUGGUAUUCUACGGCAGAACUUGAUUUUUUUCCCGUAAAUUCGAGAAUUUUUCUUGAUGUGUAGUGACGGACCUGAGUCUUGACAAUUUUGUUGCUUUAUAAACUGAGACGGUGUCCAUCGGUGAACUAUUUUAAUAAAAUUUUCUAGGAAAGAAUUUGAACAAGGAUGGACCACAUAGAACUAAGUAGUACGUCUAGGAUGCCAUCCCUACUAUGGAGGUGGUCAUUUCUAGCAAUUCUUCUAGUAUCAAAUGCUGCCAGUUCUUUAGGUAGGGUAACGUUUGAAAAAUUGACAGAGCUCGACUACAGAGGAAGCACUUACUUCACGCUGAAAAAUCUGUCGCUAUACGAGUGCCAGGGCUGGUGCAGGGAAGAACCCGACUGUCAAGCUGCUUCCUUCAGCUUUGUACUGAAUCCGCUAACGCCAGUGCAAGAAACAGUAUGCCAGCUACAGAACGAGACUUCGGCUAGCAAUCCUGCAGCCACACCUCAGAGAUCCGUCAAUCUCUACUAUAUGGUCAAACUACAAAUCAGAUCAGACAAUGUUUGCUUGAGACCAUGGAGCUUCGAAAGAGUACCAAACAAGAUGAUCCGAGGUUUGGACAAUGCACUGAUGUAUCUAUCUACAAAGGAAGCCUGUCUAGCUGCAUGUCUCAAUGAGCACCGGUUCACAUGUAGAUCAGUGGAGUACAACUACGUGACACUACAGUGCCAUCUCAGCGACUCGGACAGACGGACAACCGGCCAGUACGUGCAAAUGGUGGAUGCGCAGGGUGUUGACUACUUUGAAAACUUGUGCUUGAAAGGAAACCAAGCCUGCAAAGGUAACCGCGUGUAUCAGAUACCUCGCAUUGGAGUAGCAGACGAUAAGGUCGCCCAAUAUGCCAGCCUCCAUUAUUACGUAGACAAAGAACUACAGGUGACAAGCGAAGGUGCCUGCAAGCUUGCCUGCGAAAUCGAGAACGAAUUCUUGUGCCGCUCGUUCCUGUACAAGGGCGCCCCUAUCGGCAACCAAUACAACUGCCAGCUGUUCCACCUGGACCACAAGACCCUCCCCGAUGGACCCAGCACCUUCCUCAACGCCGAGCGACCCCUCAUCGACGACGGACAACGUGUUGGAUCCUACUACGAGAACUACUGCGAGAAAUCUUUGGGCACCACCCAUGACCAGUUGCCUGUUGUAUUCGAUACAACUGAUGACCCAUCAAUCAAUAACUUGACCAGAUCUGACAUCAACUGCGACAAAACCGGAACUUGCUAUGACGUGUCUGUGCACUGCAAGGAUACUCGUAUCGCUGUCCAAGUGAGAACAAACAAGCCAUUCAACGGCCGCAUCUACGCUUUGGGACGUUCGGAGACCUGCAACAUUGACGUUUUGAACAGCGACCUGUUCAGACUCGACCUCACUAUGUCCGGCCAGGAUUGUAACACUCAAUCAGUGACUGGAGUAUACACCAACACCGUUGUACUGCAACAUCACAGUGUUGUUAUGACGAAGGCUGACAAAAUCUACAAGGUGAAGUGCACAUACGACAUGUCCUCCAAGAACAUCACAUUCGGAAUGAUGCCUAUCAGGGAUCCUGAGAUGAUCAGCAUCACAUCAGCUCCUGAAGCGCCACCCCCACGCAUCAGAAUCCUCGACACCCGCAACAGGGAGGUCGAAACUGUGCGCAUUGGAGACAAGCUCACCUUCCGCAUUGAAAUUCCUGAAGAUACACCAUAUGGAAUCUUUGCAAGAAGUUGUGUUGCCAUGGCCAAGGACUCAAAGAGCACAUUCCAGAUAAUUGAUGAUGAAGGUUGUCCAGUUGACCCGAGCAUUUUCCCAGCAUUCACCCCCGAUGGCAACGCCCUGCAGUCGGUUUACGAGGCGUUCCGCUUCACUGAGUCCUACGGCGUCAUCUUCCAGUGCAACGUCAAGUACUGUCUUGGACCAUGCGAUCCGACUGUCUGCGAGUGGGGAAGAGAAUCAGUGGAGUCCUGGGGCCGUCGCAAGCGAUCGACCGCCCUGGAGUCGAAUGACACCUCCGAUGAAGACAUGAACCUCAGCAAGGAGAUCCUUGUGCUCGACUUCGGCGAUGAGAAGCAGUCUCAGUUCCUCAAGUCCAACGAGGCGCUCUUCUCAGAUUAUGACAAAACAGUGACGAUAGUAGAGCCGUGUCCGACGAAAACAUCAGUGCUGGCCCUGGGAGUGACCUGCGCACUGCUCAUUCUCGUCUACAUCACAACAGUAUUCAGCUACUACAUGAAAAAAUGGAUGUCACCUCGGAAAAUCAUGGCUUAGUGAAGAUGUCUGAGUUCCUGAAGCAAUAAUUCCUAUUGCCAGUAACCUUCAUCGGUUGUUCGUCCAUUUCCCAUCGCAACGAACACAUUACUAGUGCUCAAGAACUUAUGUACCAUGAACUGAGGAGAGAGAGAAACGCAGAAAACUGCUGCAGUCGGAAUGAAUCAAAGUGAGACAGCUGCUGAAUUACUGGGUGAAGUGAAUAAUUUUUGUGUGAUCUUUAUUCUGUAAUGACUUUGAAAACAAUUAGCUUAAAGCAUGUGUGAUGAGAUGGAUAUGUGCUUAUAAUGUGGCAACGAUUUAGUGUUAUUGUCGUACGUUUGAGGAGCUAGUACCAGAUUUUAAUAUUCAAUUAUCUUUUUCAAAAAUAAUCAUACAAGAUUUGAUAUAUAUUUCCAGGGUUACUCAAUAUUUUUUGAAUGAAUCAACUAGUAGUACAGUUGAUUGUACUACUAGUUGAACCAACUGUACAACUGUACCAUUAGUACAACUGUACUAAUACAGUUGUACCUACCUUUUCAGUUUUCUUUUCAAAGCCAUGUCAUGUCGUUAAGAGAUGUGAACUAAAAGGGUGUUAUAAAAUAGCUGAACCAUGUACUAUCAUCCAAUAUUAUAUCAAACCCUGAUUGUGAACAAUUUUGUCCUAUUGGUUAUCAGUUCCUAAAAUAAGAUUGAGCUAUACCGUAAUUUGGAACUACUGGAUUUGACAUUAUUAAAAUAUAUUACAAGACUUGACCUAUUUCAGACUAUGUGUAACCUUUCCGGUAUCUAAAUUUGGGAGAGGAAUAGCACAAGGAUACAUUAUUUUUUCUCAUAUAAAGAAUAAAUCAUAUAAAAUACCAACCAGCAAGUUUUAGAAAAAUAUCAUUCAAACGAGCUUAACGACUCAAUCUAGACUUCAAUAGGUAAAUUUGAUUCGUCAAUGUGAGUUAUUUCAGAAUAAAUUACUAUAGUAUUCAAUACACGUUGAUUUUUUGUUAAGGGCGUGAUGCUACAUAAAAAUUGUUACAUAAAGACUUGAUGAUGAUUAGAACUAAAUAAUGAAAUUGAAGAAGCAUACAGGCUUGCACAGUAUUUCAAUGUUUAAUUCCAAUGCAAUCUCCACUGAAGAUCUAUUGGAAUUAAUUUUUUCCUAUUCACUUAUGAUUAAAUUUGUAGCUCAUAUUUGUUAUGAGGAUUAGAGAACUUUUAGAACUUCUUAUAGAGGAAGUUAUUUCAAAUUUUCACGGUUCCAAUUCUAUUCUUAUCCAAUCUCUGUCGUAGAUUGAUAAGAAAUGGAAUUUCUCAUUAAUUAAAUUGCGAGUAAUAAAGAAAGAAUCAAACUCUAGACCUCAUCAUUUUUUUGCAUUUGUUUUUGAUAUUGCAUUUUUCUUCAUGACUACAGAAAGGAAGAGACGAAUCAGUUAUUGGAAUCUUUUUAUUCACAUAUUCAUCUGUAAGCAGCUUUGAUGAGAAAAUUCUAUGCGGUAACCACACAAAAAAAGAAUUUUUCAUUGAAUAAAAUAUCACAGAACAUUUUUAAUCAUGUGAAAAAUUAUUCAAAAUUUCAAGUUGUAUUUAUAAUCUGUUUAAAGACUCUAUUAUACAUAAUAUUCUCAUGAAUAUUGAUUUUAGAAAGUCUACUCUAAUUUUAUCAAUUACCUACUGAGCUCCUAUCAAAUGCGACCCACACUAUUUCGUUGCCUUAAAAAAUUUACAUUGAAGAUGCGAAACUUAAAAAUGUUUGUAAUAACAAUAACAAUACUAUUAAUAUUAUUUAUUCCAAUCUAUUAGGAUUAGAGUAACUGAUUAUGCACUGUGAAAUGUAAAUACUAUUUAUAUUUAGAAAACUUCUAUAAUGAUUAUUUAUAAUAGUCCUAGAUUAUAAAAUAUUUAAGAUAAGAAGUUUCGCCUCUUCAUUGUAAAUUGUCAAGAGUUUUAAGUUAAUUAAUUAGAGUGUAGUGAGAACAUAUUAUCCAAUUGUUUAUGUCAAAUAAAAAAAAUAUUUCAAUUCAAAAUUACUAACUUAAACAAUUGGAUGUAUGAUGACUUAUUUAUUUUAGGUUUACUUAUCUAGUUUUUUAUAUUGUAUGGAUUUCGAAAUAUUUUUGUUGUGAAUUCUCUGUUGAAUGUGCUUGAAAUUUAAAAUAAGUCAUGUCACUGAGAAACUCAAAUAAAAGCUUUCAUUUAUGUAGAACAUUGUGUGUCAUUCAAGGAUUUAUAAAUACAAUGAUAGACAUUAAGAUUGGAUGAAUUUCCGAACUGAAUCAUACAAAAAUAUUUAUUUAAUCAGAAUCAAUGGAUUCGUAUAGCAUUAUAUCAUUUCAAAUUGAAAAGAGCUUUGGAAAAGGAAAGUUUAACUAUCUUUUCUCAUUCAAACGUAAUAUUUGUUCAAUAACAGGCUAAAUCUCUGAAUAAUAAGAAAUUACUUUCCAUAGAGUGUGAAUUCUACAAAAUAUUUCUAUCAUAUUCAUUGUUUUCAAUCAAACUGUAUUUAUUGAGAAAAGUUAACUGUAUUUUUGUAACUUCAUUUCAUACUAAUUCAAUUUUGUAGCUGCUUUGUAGUUUGCAAAAUGUAUUCUCUUUUCGUGUAUUUGUUCGUUAGGGAAAACUUCAAAUUCGUUGAUACACUGUACAUACUCUAAUAGUUUUUGCACAGUCUGAUAAUAAGAUUUGAGAAAAAUCAGUAACAGGUUCAGAUACGGGUUUAAAAGUUUUCCUUUUGCACAAUAUGUGCAUUUCUUUUGCACAGGAAAUAAAAUAUUAUAAUUUUGCACCUAACACUGCUGUCUCUAUUAUUAGAAGAAAAAACAAGAUGGAAUUUCAUUAUUGAAUCUUACAAUGCGUUAUGUUAUGUAGAAUAUUAACAUUUCAUAGAAAUAAAUAAGAAACAUUUUUUUCGCGAAAAAAUGUACAAAUGUAGCCUAUUGCUAUUUAUUGAAUAUUCUGAUAAGAUUCCCGAUUUUUAUCCAUUUUGUAUUAGUGUGAGAGAGUGGAUAUACUCUAUUAUACUAGAAAAAUGACAUGAAUUUGAUAAUUUCAGAAAAACAAGAAGAUUCCAAUUUUAUAAAUAUUCACUGUAAAACAGUUACAAAUUUGAGAAAAUUAACAAAAUUUAUUAUAAUUUUACUUGGUUUCUAAAAUUUCUUCUACUCAAAUUUCUAUUCUAUAAAUAUAAUAUUGAAUAUUCUAUCCAAAUUUACUACGGCUUGUAAAUAAUUCAUCUUGUAAACGUUAUUCAUUAAUAGUAUUAGUGCGUGUGAAGUAUUUGUAUGAGUCUUUAUAUUAGUUGAUUAUGUAUGUGAGAAGUGAGAAUCGAUAAGUUAACUAAAUGAAUCUAAUAUGAUCUUGAAAAGUACGAAAUUGGUAACUUUUUCAGUUUCAAAGAGUUUUAUAUAUUUAUAUUAUGAUAUGUGAAAUUGAAUUGAAAAUUUUAUAGAAAAAUUAAAAUAAAUAUUAUGAUCGGA